GAUGACAAUCAUGGAGCAUCCUGGACGAAACUCUUAUCUUGAACUUUGAAGAUUGACAACAAUUGUUCUGAAUUUAAGGCUUAAUCAUAUUUAGAGGCGCGGCAUUGUAUCGUUGAUUGCUUCCUGAGUAUGGGAGUACGUACUAAAGAUCUCAAUACUAUUAAGGUCGUUGUUUAUUCGUAUCCUUUUCAUUUGACGGAUUCUACAACAAAGCUAAAGAUGAAACAAAAUGAUGAUCAUUUUCCGUAUUAUGUGGGUUUAGCUGCUGGUGGUGUAACCUCGCUCCUUCUCUGUGUUUGCGUUUGCUGUUUCUGGAUGUUGUAUAAGAAAAGAUGUAAAAACAAGUAUAUCAACAAGAACGUAGAAACCGCUAAACUAAUGAUAUCACCUAAACGACCGUACAACACGCUCUUCCGAGGAGCUGAACCCUAUAAGGUUCGUCCACAAGAGAACGUCAUCGAUUUAUUACCCGUUACUGAGAGUAAUCCACAGACAGUGUUUCAGAAAAGAGGAGAAACACGAUCACAGUCGGUAUGUGCCGCUACAUUCUACAUGGACGAGUACAUGCUAAAUAACCGCAACGUGAGUACUUCCGAUCCAUAUUUAUACAACAGGCGCUCUUCCGACGAAAGCUUACAAUCGAGACGCGUACGUACGCUCUCUGGACGUAGUAGUUCACCGAGGAAGCUAAAACCCGUGAUACAUCUGAACACAACGUACAGUUCAGAAGAAUCGUCUUUCGUCGUGAGGGUACGAAAUGUCGCUAACCUUCCGCCUAAAUACGGCGCAAACUGUUGUAGUUUCGUACGGAUUUUUCUUUUGCCAAAAUAUCCAGACCAUUUACAAACGCGCGUGGUCCGAGGAAGCUUGGACCCGAAAUUUGGAGAAUAUCUUCGUUUUAGAAAAUUGACUUUUGAAACUGUAUGCAAAAGCUACCUUCGAUGUAAAGUGUACAUAAAAGAAUUGUGGGAUAAAAAGGAUACAUUUGUUGGGGAGGUGUUCAUGCCAUGCAUUGAGAUGACCCCUCGACCGGAUGAGACUACUUAUCAUGAGGUGAUGCUAAAACCGGAACGAACCAAGAUGAACCAGGUACAAUCGUUGGGUUCGUUAGGCAACGACGGUGAGGAUGAGGAGAGGGCUAUGGGCAAUUUGUUUCUGUCGAUUGAAUACCAGUCUUUAGCCAAUCGAAUUAAAGUGAUGCUAAGGAAAGCAGCUAGGCUGACACGAACCAACAAACUGCCUGGAACAGCUGAUCAUUAUGUGAUUGUAAAUCUGCUCAUCAACGGUCGGACAGUACAGACGGAGACAAGUCGGUCGAUAGUCGGUUACUCUCCCAUCUGGAACCAACCAUUUCUCUUCCAUCUUCACAAUGAUGAAGACAUUAAAAAUUACUCAUUACAGCUUAUCGUGAUGAAAGAUCGAUUUUAUCGGCCUAAGAGCGAGGGUGGUGUGCUAGGUCAAGUUUCAAUCGGUCUAAAUAGUAAUGUAGAGACUGGACGGACACACUGGUCAGAGAUUAUGCAGCCAAAAAGAGCCGAGGUGGCGCUGUGGCACCGAAUUAUGCCCCUACAGCACGGAUCCCCACCGUAGAUAUGAUGAUUGAUUUACUGUAUACAGAAUUCCAUCCCUUAGUUUGAGUCUGUAGCCGGCCCACAGACUCAUUUAGUACUGUUAGUACGUAAAAAUGAUGGUAAUAAGUGUAUGUAUUGAGUGAGAUGUAUGUAUUGAUCUACAUUAUAUUUGUUUUGCUUAUUUAUUUCUUCUCUCUCUGCCAUUGUGAGUGGCGACAAUUCCUUUUUAUAGUCAUACGGACGUAGGACGUAAUACUAUGUGGGUUUUAAAACAGAUCUUACGGACGACGAAAUAUAGCGUAGGCCUACACUUCGCCUUCAUCUACUGUAUUAAUGAAUUCGAUGCUGUAUUUUAUAGAGCAUUUAAUUGGCUUUCGCAGUGUUUCAUCUUUACUAUUAGUAUCGUCAUAAAUGUUUGGUGUAUUUGCGAUAUUUUACAAAACCUUGAAUAGAGUUGCAGAAGGUUUGAGACGCUGAAUGGUUACGUUUGAUUUGCUAUGCAUUCAUACUGCACAGUUUGGAGCAAACAUUUAGCGCGGCGCAAGGGUGACUUUUUCCAAAUCCAGCGCGUCGCCGUGCCACUUUUCCACACCCAGUUAGCCGUACGUUAUUCCGCAUCCUGGUCGCCGCACGUAUGGCUAUAUUUCCUGUUGAUGUUACUAUUAUACUGAUGAGAGGUGAUCUUUAACAACAUUAAAAUGCGUGGGUGUUUAUAAAAGAUUGAAUUCGCACAAUAACACCAAAUUAACUGUCUCUACAUUGAUGUCACGUGGAGUACCAUUCGGGGUGUGGUUCCCAAUUAAUAUUAUUCAAUGACGUCAUAAACCGUCUCAAAAGGUUAACACAAAAGUGUUACACGAGCGAUUAAGGUAUAUUUAAAAUAAAUUACUAUAGACGGUACUUUUGUGUUAUUAGAUAGACGGUACUUAUAUUAUAAACGAUAAACGUAAUAUUAUUAAGAAUCAAUUAUUUAAAUUGAAUCAACAAACACAAAGUAGGCCUAUGUCAAGUUACUAUCGCAGUGAUUAUUAUAGCUAUAUAUCCACCGUUGUAGAAAAUCAAUGUAAUGUGAUCUCUGAUGAGGGGCAUUUUUGUCACAAUAUUAUCCCACGUAAUAACCAUGUAUUAUAUAUCAAUGCCAAUGGAGUUAUAAUUAGUAGCGCAUCUAUCCGGCCUAUAUGACCGUCUGUAACGACAAUUGUUUAAAGAUGGACAACUUGAAAAAUGAAUGUUUUAGUAAUAUUCCAGGGGUGUAUCCAGGAUUUGUUCUGGGUGGGUCGUGAUCACAAUUUUUUGGACCUUUUCAGUGGGAGACAGGAAAAUCGAUUACAGCGCCACCAUCUUGAAACGGAUGGCAGGCUCAGUUUUAGAAUUGCUGGAAUUGAGAUAGAUUACGUCACGCAUUUGGCAAGGUGUUUGGACUCAUUGCUGGUACCUCAAUGCAUUUUCAUUUGUCAUUUUUGGGGGUGGGGGUCGUACGACCUUCCUGACCCCCCCCCCCUUGCAUACACCCAUGUAUUCAUAAUGUUUCUUAAACAGUGAAUGUUUAAAACAUGCCUAAUUGGAUAACGAUAGUGGUAUUAACAUUUUUAAGCUUUCAGGAAAAGCAUUUCUUCGAACUGAUGAUUCACGUUGAGGUUCAGUCAAGGUAGCCUAGUUUAAUAUAUCUUGCAUUAGUACUCAAAAUAUAUUAGGUGUCAUUUUUGCAAAGGAAUUCCUUACGGAUACAUUUCAAACCUGUAUUUUGAUGAAAUCAAACUUUACGGUCAUCGAACCGAGAGAAGAUUUAAUGGCCGACACACUCACGGGAUACUCGCACACUUGCGUGGAAAGCGCGUAGGCCACGGCGCUCAGAAGAAUGUGCGGGCUCACUCUUUAAUCACAUUAAAUGUACACUCUUUUGCCGAGUUUUAUGUGAUGAUAUUAUGAUGUAAGCUAUUUUUACGAAUCCUUAGUGCGUGGGCGUGCGUGGUGUGUUAGAGAAGGCUUUAUUGGAAAAAAAAAUAUUUAAAAAUAGAUUGUAAUUUUAUAUUUCUAUAUAAGAUGUCUACUUAACAGAAUGAUUAUUUGAAAUACCAGAAGUCCACGGUUUCCAUUUUUAUAUGGUGUUGAUGUUGAGAAACGGAUGCACUUAAACGUAAACUAAUAAAGCUGACUGAUGUUAA